AUGAAGAAGGAAUGUCAAUUGAAGAAAAAGAGGGGGAAAUCAUCAAAUUCACACGAGCUGAAACAACGUGAAGCGGAAAGGAGUCCGACUCAUGACUCCCCAAAAAGAAGUGCUUGCAGGAGGCAACCUCCAUGGGUAGUCGUCCACGAUGCAACCAAACCAAGAGUCACCCCGAUUUCCCGUGAUACACCUUUCCAAGAAAUGUUGGUUUCGAAACUCUUGCGAGAUGGAAUGGAAAAGUGGAGUGGAUUAAACAAUGAAAGGUCCAUGUGCCUAUGUUUCCAAAUUCAAGAAGUUGUCUACAAGGAAUUGGUUGUUGAGUUCUUGGCCACUGUGUUCUUCAAGAGGAAGGAUGGUAUUUAUGAUAAAGACAAUCUUACUUUCUGCCUGGGCAGAGAAAGGCGUGCUCUUAGCCAGGCUGAUUUUGCGUUAAGGACGGAGAUUUAUUUUCCAUUCAAGGCCCUUAUCUCUCCCAAUGCUCAUGUUUAUUUACCCUUCCUUUUGGUGGAAUUUCUUGUGGAACGGGUGGGCAAGGAUAAGCGAGGGUUUCCGCUCUAUGGUGGUAUGUUGAUCAUGCGACUUACGCAUUUUUUUGGAGUUCUUGAUAAAUGUGAGGCCUUGCUUUUGACUGUGGAAACUCAUAAACCAUGCUCUACUCUCGUAUACCAAAGAGCAACUAUUAUUGGAUAUCAUGGGGUGGGUGGUUUUUCUAUUCUUGAUGACACUCCCUGUGACCAACCCAGGAGGCGGGUGAGACAAAGAGCAAGGGGACCCGUAGGAGAUGAGUCGCCAGUCGUACCGACUAAGGAUGAGAUGACCAUGGACCCUUAUAGUGUUGUGCAAAGAAGAUUUGAUGACAACUUGGCGCGAAGCAGGAACUGUACCAAUAUGACUCAGGAUUAUAUGAUGCAGCAGUUGCACUUCUCUAGACGAGAUCAUUUUCCUACAUUAUACCCUUAUGUGCCUAGAUGGGAGGAGUUGUGGUGUGAAUAG